CCUUGGACGCUGUACGUUUGGUCAGUGCAUUUAUAAUCAUUUUUUAUUGUACAAAAGUGUUGUGAGUCUCACGCAAUUACCAGACUUAAAGCCAGUUGAGUUAGUAAAGUUGUGUUUAAUAUGUUGCCUAUAUUUGCUCGAAAUAUAAGAUGUCGUUACUUAGUUUUCGGCAAAAUGAGUUCGCCACAGCAACACCAUGUAGCCGGACGGCUGCAGUACAGCUCUGAAGCGGCAACUGGUUUAAGCAAUGUACAAAAAUCCAAAAUCAGCAAGGCAAUGAAAGCAUACCUUGAACGUGCGAAGGAAUAUGAAAGUUGUAUGAUCACGGCUCGGUUGGAGUACAAGCUUGGUAAACGGCACUUGGCAAACAUGAUGGGGGAAGAUGUGGAAAGUUUCUCUCAGCAAGAUGUCGAUCAAGCUGUUCAAUAUCUUUUCCCCUCUGGACUGUACGACCCGGCUGCAAGACCCACCAUGAAGCAUCCAGAAGAGUUUAUUCCCAAAACGAAAGGUGCUGAGUUUGAUCAAACGGGUCGCCCUUUUCAUCCAUUAUUCUUUACUGGUCGACCUAAUUUCUUUCAAUUGCUUUAUGACGUCGUGGAAAACAUAAAUAUUCUGAACGUAUUGGAAGACAGUGCGCGCAUUAAGAAUAGAACUAACGAAUCUAUUAUACAGCAACUUGACCUUACGGGUUCCGAAUGGUUGCCUAAAGAAAUACUGGAAAAAAAAAUUGUCGAAAGCAUCUCCAAUAUUGAGUAUGAUAACUUUAUUGAUGCCAUAAAUCGUUUGGCCCAACACCCGUUAUCAAAAAAGGCUAAAAGUUUCAUAUUGGAGUACAGGAAACCGUUGAUAUCAAAACAGAAUAAUGAUGCAAUACCCGAACCGCAGCAUGAUACGAAUGGCCUACAAUAUGUUACAAUAUACGAGUGUCUUCGAAAAACAGCUCGUGGAGAUGUAACAAUUAAGUAUCCUGGUAACGGUACUGUUAUAAUCAAUGACCAGGAUUUACGUAGUGUAGGAAGUACCCAACAACGCGAUCAGAUAUUAUUUCCUUUGCUAUUUACAAAUAUGAUAGACAAAGUAGAUGUAUGUGCAAAGGUAUCGGGUGGAGGACCUUCUUCUAGAGCAGGAGCUGUAAGAUGGGGCAUUGCAAUGGCACUUCGUUCCUUCGUUGAUAAGGACCUGAUUUCUCACAUGCGCAUCGCUGGUUUACUAUCGCGUGAUUAUCGACGAAGGGAACGAAAGAAGCCUGGACAAGCGGGAGCACGUCGAAAGUAUACAUGGAAGAAGCGUUGAAAUUUGGAAUCCGCGAAUACGGUUGAGUAGGUAAAACUUACUCCUUAAAGUAUAUGAAAUAUAUGAUAGUAGAAAGAAAAUGAAAGGUACAAAUAGAAUCAGUACUUUUACUUUUGGACCAUUUUUCACAA